AUUCAUUAGAAGAGUGCAAACACUCCCCUGUCAUCAUACGAACCUGCAGAGGCCUACAGAGAUACUCCCUGUUCAGACCCACAGACGUCCCCAGGAGCAGACCAAGACACCAGAGGAACCCUCACGACAGAUGCUUCUAAUGAGCGAAGCCGUGAUGGAGAAAUCUACGCAUUCUGCAAGAUCUGGACAGGAAAAGCAGGAGCCAUCGCCUUCUGCUAAAGAGAGGAAAACCAAAGCCCCCAAAUCCGUGAAGCUCCAAGAGCCCCGCAAAAGAAAAGAAAAACCAGAAGAGGAAAGAGGUGAAGCCAGAGAGGCUCAAAUCAUCUCCAGCAGCACUGUUGUUAACGUAGACAGUGUAAGGGAACGAAUAAAAGAAGAUCGAGAGGAGUUAUUGGGAUUAUUGGAGACUGACGGGCUUGGGGAAGCCUUGAAGAAGAGAUACCUUGGAAUUUGUGAGAUGCUUCUCAUAGUUUUGGUCCUGUCUGUGGUGAUCUUCUUCUUUCCUGUUUCCAUAUGGUUCUGUGUGAAGAUCGUGAAAGAACAUGAGAGAGCCGUGAAAUUUCGAUUGGGGCAUCUACUUCAGAAGAGACCACGCGGCCCUGGACUGAUGUUUUAUCUCCCAUUUUUGGAUGUGUGCCAUAUUGUCGACAUUCGUCUGCAAAUACUGAAGAUCCUUCCUCACGCGGUGGUGACCAAAGAUCUGGUGUGUACCGAAGUGAGCGCGGUGUGUUACUAUCGUAUCGAGAAUGUGUCUGUGUGUUAUUCCUCCCUCGCUGGCGUCCCCGAUGUGCUGCAGGCUCUGACCCAGGUCUCUGUCAGAGAGAUACUGGCCCAUCAUGCCUUCACUGACAUUUUGCUGGACCGCAAACGGAUGGCCCGGGAGAUUCAGGUCAGUUUAGAUUCGGUAACCUGCAGGUGGGGUAUCAAAGUGGAGAGAGCAGAAAUAGAAGAAAUUAGUCUUCCACCUGAGCUGCAACACAACUUCGCGGUGGAGGCCGAAGCGAGACGUCAGGCAAAAGUCAAAGUGAUCUCUGCAGAAGGAGAAAAGGUGGCUUGUGAGGCUUUGAAGGCCUCUGUAGAGUCUCUCUCUGGUUCUCCACUGGUGGUGCACCUUCGACUCCUGCAGCUCCUCAACAAUCUGCGCUCCGAGCAGCCUGCUGUGGUCCUCAACAUACCUUCUGAUGUCCUGACUCAAUCCAUCGACCUCACCAGUUUGACCAGACCUGCCAAUCAAGGUCCGACUGCAGGUGACGGCUCAGAUGAUGCAAACAAAGACUCGCCCAUGAUGUAAAGACAGCAUGGCUAUCAAUGUUUACUUAAAGUUCCAUAUGACGCAUUUUACAUAGACAACUUACUGAUACACUACAGUAUUUACCUUUGCUCCAUCUGAUUCUCACUUUAACUUAAUCUUUAUAAAUACUAAACAUUUACACUGUUAAAGCUGCAGUCUGUAACUUUUAUAACUGCAUGCGUCUUGAAGAAGAGCACUGCAGCCGGAGCUACUUCUCUUUAUUUAGCUACUCUGCAG